GUCCACUCUCUCUUCUCUCUCUUUCUCCAAACACUCUGACAAUGAAAUCAUCAGCAUCAUAUCUGUAUUCUUGAAUCUGGUAAAUACCCUAUACAGAGUGUACAUAUAGCUUUCCAAAGGUGUUCUUCUGAAAAUUUUGCACUUUGAUUUGAUUUGAUUUUGUCCCUUUUGUUUCUUGGUCUGUAGUUGUGGUUUGUGUUUAUUCUUUCUUGAGAUAGAACAGUUUUUGCUACUACCCCUAGUUGUGCAACUUUUUUUUAGUACAUAAUUUAUAAUUUUUUUCCUGAGAAUAUAUGUUUAAUUUCCAGCCCCUAAAAGGGUUUGGGUACUCUGGAAUGAAAAUUUACAGUUGUUGAUCAUUGAGAAAUCAGGCGGCGAAUCCAGCCGCUUUUCAUGCAGGGUUCUGAAUUCCUCUUCUUCCUUUUAAAAGCUAUAAAAAGGUUAUUUCUUUAGUCAAUUACUCUUUAUGAACUCUUUUGAAAUCUGGAAUUCUUGAUAUCAGCAGGUGGUGUGCAAAGUUGAAUCUUGAUUGUUCAAUUAAUUAUUUGGUCUUUCAAAAGAAUGUGAGUUUAAUUAAUUAUUGGGUCUUACACCAACUUUUGUGGCAAAGAGACUAGUCUUGCAAUGCUUCAGUGCAAUUCUUCCUGUUUUGUCCUGGGGUUAAAAAAUGACCCUUGUUUAUUAUGCUCUUAUAAAAAAUUACACUACCUUCCUCUCAAAAUAAAGUUUACAGUUUAACCUCAUAGUUCGUAGAGUUCAAGAAAAUUGUUGAAAACUAAAAUGCGUGUGGUUCAAACUGGUUUUUGAAGAAAGAAAAAUGUAGUGAGCUGAAAGAAAAGUGUAAAAACUUGUUUUGGGACGAAGGGAAUAUAAUUUUUAAAUAUGUCUGUGUAAUGGAGAUUUGCCAGAAAAUGGAUGGAAGCUUGUCUUCAAGUCUAGUAAGAAAACAGGUGUUUUAGUUUUCUUUUGAGACUCUUUUAUGCAAAUUGCAGAUUUAUCUUAUCUUCCAGUUGGAUAUUAGCCAGCCCCAAUCCAAAGGAGAUUUUAAUUAUGGAUCCUGAUAAGGGAUUGAUUUCAGAUCCUUGGAAAAAACCUUCUUUCGCGUGCAAUGAACUUCUGGAGGAUGAACAACCAGACUACCUCCAGUUCUUGAACAGUUUCACUUUGCAUCAGCAGAAGUGGGAAAGUUCAUUUCUUGAUCAGGUGAGGGUUCAGAAUGAGUUGUCCCAGCUCAACCAACUGCCAUCGGGCAAUGAAUCCUCUCCCUCUACCAUCAACAACAUCAGAACUAGAGUUCUAUCGGAUCAACAAGGUUGCGACUUAAACAGGAUUCGAGAAUGGGAUCCGAAAACCAUGCUGACCAACCUAUCUUUUCUUGAAAAAAAGAUUCAUGAACUCCAGGAUCUGGUGCGCUUGAUUGUGGGUCGUCAAGCAAAUGAGCUUUUAGUUCACCAGCAUCUCAUUACAGCCGACCUAACUUCUAUCAUAGUCCAACUGAUAUCAACUGCUGGCAGCCUUUUGCCUCCAGCAGUGAAGAAGCACACUGACCAAGUUGUGCAGCCUUCACAAAGUGUUCUUAACAACAUGAGUAAGGUUGAAGGUACAGAUCAGCAGAACUGUAGGGUGCUUGAAGAACCGGAGUCGAAAGAUGAAGACGACGAAGAAGAAAACUUGGCCCCUGGUUCCUAUGAGAUUCUUCAGCUGGAGAAGGAGGAGAUUCUUGCACCCCACACUCACUUUUGCACCAUUUGUGGGAAAGGGUUCAAGAGAGAUGCCAAUUUGAGGAUGCAUAUGAGGGGCCAUGGGGAUGAAUACAAAACUGCAUCUGCUCUGGCAAAACCCCACAAAGAACCCACCUCUUUACCUACACUCAUCAAGAGGUAUUCAUGCCCUUAUGUGGGGUGCAAGCGCAACCGGACCCACAAAAAGUUUCAACCUUUGAAGACCAUCUUGUGUGUCAAAAACCAUUACAAGAGAACCCAUUGUGAGAAAAGCUACGCUUGCAGCCGAUGUAAUGUAAAGAAAUUCUCGGUCAUUGCGGAUCUUAAGACGCAUGAAAAGCAUUGUGGCAAAGAUAAAUGGCUGUGUUCCUGCGGUACAACUUUCUCCAGGAAAGACAAGCUGUUUGGCCACAUCACCCUUUUCCAAGGUCACACGCCCGCGGUUCCCCCACCAGAUGACCACCAUGUUAACAAUGGAGCAUCCAUGGGUGCUCCAUCGGAGCAUCCAGAGUUAAAUGCUUCCGAUGCUCAUACUGGUGCAGGCUGUUACUUCUCAACAUUGAACUAUGAUGAAACGGGUAAUCUUGGGGGUGGAUUUCAUGAUUUCCCAAGAGUCCCAUUUGAUGAUUCGGAUAGUUCCUUUUCUUUCUUAUUAUCUGGUUCGUGUGAUUACCCGCAGAAGGUUGGCAAAUAUAUGGAGUCCCAUGAAUAGGGAUGAGCCAGUAAUCUGGUGUAGCCUUGUACCUAGGAGUUGUCCCCAUUUCUCUUGAUUGCCUUAUUGUUGUAUUGGCCACAUUUUAUGUCAUGAAUCUAUUCAUCAUCAUCAUCAUCAUAUUGAAUAAAGAUCUACUUUCAGUCCAUUUUCACCCUUUUCACUUGAGGUUUGUUCCAAAAUAAUAGUACUAGCCUUUUGAAUUUAAACAUUCUGAAUUUAAACAUUCUCCUUGGGCCAGAGCUUCUCUGAGUUGACAAAGUUCAUCCAUCAACUGUCCAUUCUCUUCUCUUCCUCCAGCUGGGAGUUUUCUUCACCGGUCUGGUCUCCGUUUUCUGGGCAUCAGCAGCAAACGAAUCCACAACCAACUUUGCCAAAUGCCAACUUCUCUUCUCAAGUUUUUGGCCUUGAGUAGGGAGGCCAUGUUCUUGUUUUUCUAUUACUCAAUUGACAAGACCAAGUGUGGUCGGUGAAUUAAUUCCCUACCCGUGAAGCUUUUGAAAAUGCAUUCCCUGUCAGUGCAAGCCAACAACAACAACAAGUAAUACUGUUGUGGCAAAUGAUGAACAGUACUACUUGUACGGUUAAUGCUUUUAGAUUUC